GAAGACAUUUCCGACUCCUCCCUGACCUUCAGCCUGCUGGGAGAGAGACUGGAAGGCCAGCCAUGCUAGGUGACAAGCUUCUGAGAGGCAAAGUUCCCCUCCCCACGAUGUACCCAGCCACUAUUCCUGUGUGUGUGUGGCAGGGUGGAUAGCACCCUUGGAGUGGACAUCUGGAUGGUGGUUGGGGUGUUAGGGGGAUGUGGCCAUCCCUGCGACAGACAGCAGAGUGAGGCCUGAAUCUGAGAAGCUCUGCCCUCCAGAUCAGAUAACCUAUCGCGCUCCCAGAGGCCCCCUCCUCCUGAAAGGACUUUAGUCUUUGGAGCUGUCACCUGAGCUGAGUGGGACAAGAGCUCUGCAGGGCAGGCCACGCUGUGAAGGAAGGAGGGAACACAGGCAAGGGCUGCCUGCUGCUCACUGGAGACCACACCAUGGAGCCAGGCAGGGCCCGUCUGCGUCUGCAGAGGACAGAAGGGCUGGGAGGGGAGCGGGAGCACCAAUGCUGUCGAGAUGGAAACACUGAGACGCACAGAGCCCCGGACUUGGUACAAUGGACCCAACACAUGGAGACUGUGAAGGCACAAUUGCUGGAGCAAGUGCAGGGACAACUGAGGGAGCUGCUGGAUCGGGCCAUGCGGGAGGCUAUACAAUCCUACCCAUCACAAGACAAACCUCUGCCCUCUCCUCCCCCAGAUUCCUUGAGCAGGACUCAGGAGCCAUCCCUGGGGAAACAGAAAGUUUUCAUCAUCCGCAAGUCCCUGCUUGAUGAGCUGAUGGAGGUGCAGCAUUUCCGCACCAUCUACCACAUGUUCAUCGCUGGCCUGUGUGUCUUCAUCAUCAGCACCCUGGCCAUCGACUUCAUUGAUGAGGGCAGGCUGCUGCUGGAGUUUGACCUACUGAUCUUCAGCUUCGGACAGCUGCCUUUGGCACUGGUGACCUGGGUGCCCAUGUUUCUGUCCACCCUGUUGGCGCCGUACCAGGCCCUGCGGCUGUGGGCCAGGCAGGGGGCCAGGGGCACCUGGACGCUGGCGACAGGCCUGGGCUGCGCUUUGCUAGCCGUCCAUGCCGUGGUGCUCUGCGCGCUGCCGGUCCACGUGGCCGUGGAGCAUCAGCUCCCGCCGGCCUCCCGUUGUGUCCUGGUCUUCGAGCAGGUUAGGUUCCUGAUGAAAAGCUACUCCUUCCUGAGAGAGGCUGUGCCUGGGACCCUUCGUGCCAGACGAGGUGAGGGGAUCCAGGCCCCCAGUUUCUCCAGCUACCUCUACUUCCUCUUCUGCCCAACACUCAUCUACAGGGAGACUUACCCCAGGACGCCCUAUGUCAGGUGGAAUUAUGUGGCCAAGAACUUUGCCCAGGCCCUGGGAUGUGUGCUCUAUGCCUGCUUCAUCCUGGGCCGCCUCUGUGUUCCUGUCUUUGCCAACAUGAGCCGAGAGCCCUUCAGCACCCGUGCCUUGGUGCUCUCUAUCCUGCAUGCCACGUUGCCAGGCAUCUUCAUGCUGCUACUCAUCUUCUUUGCCUUCCUCCAUUGCUGGCUCAACGCCUUUGCCGAGAUGCUACGAUUUGGAGACAGGAUGUUCUACCGGGUGGGGCCUGGACCUAGGCCAGUUGGAAGCUGGAGGCAGAGAGGGACUGGUGGAACUCAACGUCCUUCUCCAACUACUACCGCACUUGGAACGUGGUGGUCCAUGACUGGCUGUACAGCUACGUGUAUCGGGAUGGGCUGCGGGUAUGGGCCCUGCAGACCCCUUCAGCUCCCACAGUUAAUGGAGGCUCUCCUUCCUUCCCUCUCCUUCCCUCCUGCUACAGUGUGGCAACUACACCACUCACCUUUUCCAGGCCUAAGGGCGCUUUUGAUUUCAUCUGUCCUCAUUUUCUCAUUUUACCCAACCCAGUGGGUAAAAAGUCCUUGCAGUCUUAACUUUCUUCCAUCUUUAUCCUUAAUUCCACCCUGUCCUCAGGGCAUUGUUUCCCACCUUAGCCUUCUAAGGAACAUGCACAUAGCAAUUUUCAGCUACCAAGUGUUUUUAUGUACAUUUAAUCAGCACAGUAACCCUGAGAAAUAAGUAUUAUUACAUCUGCAUUUUAAAAUGGCACCUAAGUCCCAAUGGGAUAGCAGCAUGCUCUUUUUUUUUUUUUUUUUUUUUUGAGAUAGAGUCUCCCCCUGUUGCCCAGGCUGGAGUGCAGUGGCACAAUCUUGGCUCACCUGCAACCUCUGCCUCCUGGGUUCAAGCGAUUCUCCUGCCUCAGCCUUUUGAGUAGCUGGGACUACAGGCGAAUGCCACCAUGCUCAGCUAAUUUUUGUAUUUUUAGUACAGACGAGGUUUCACCAUAUUGGCCAGGCUGGUCUUGAACUCCUGACCUCGUGAUCUGCCCGCCUCGGCCUCCCAAAGUGCUGGGAUUACAGACGUAAGUGACCGUGCCCAGCCAGCAUGCUCUUAAAUAAGAUUGAUGUCACCCCUUCUGACCUCAGAUCCCAUAUUCUUUCCACUGCACCACACUCCCCCUGGCUUCCUAAGGUGGGGGCUCUUUGUGGAGGAGCUCAGGGAGACUCGCUCUUCACCCCCUUCCUCAC